ACUCUCACAGAGCCCGCCAUCUUUGCCAGGGAGACAAGCUGCGACUGCCGUGCGCCUCAUGAGAAGCUCAGCAUCGCUCAGGCCCGCAGAGGAACCCCAGUGGAUCGCCCUGUGAGAGUCUACGCAGACGGCAUCUUUGACUUGUUCCACGCUGGACACGCUCGCGCUCUCAUGCAGGCCAAGAACCUUUUCCCAAACACCUACCUCAUCGUUGGAGUUUGCAGCGAUGAGCUGACCCACAAGUACAAGGGUUUCACCGUCAUGACGGAGCACGAACGCUACGAAGCGCUGAGACACUGCCGCUACAUCGAUGAAAUUCUGAGAGACGCACCUUGGACUCUCACGCCCGAGUUUCUGGAGAAACACAAGAUCGAUUUCGUAGCUCACGAUGAUAUCCCAUACUCCUCAGCAGGAAGUGAGGACGUCUACAAACACAUCAAAGAGGCAGGGAUGUUUGUGCCCACACUGCGGACAGAGGGAAUCUCAACCUCUGACAUCAUCACUAGAAUCGUCCGAGACUACGACGUCUACGCUCGACGCAAUCUUCAGCGUGGCUACACAGCUAAGGAGCUGAACGUCAGCUACAUCAAUGAGAAGAAGUAUCGGCUACAGAACCAAGUGGAUCGCAUGAAGGAGAAGGUUCGAACCGUUGAGGAGAAGAGCAAACACUUUGUUUACCGUGUUGAGGAGAAGAGUCACGACCUCAUUCAGAAAUGGGAGGAAAAAUCUCGAGAGUUCAUCGGAAACUUCCUGGAACUUUUCGGCCCUGACGGGACAUGGAAACAAGUGUUUCAGGAGCGCAGCAGUCGGAUGCUGUCCUACGCCUUGUCUCCCAGAGAGUCUCCCUGCAACAGUCCUCCUCGCGAACUGUCCCCCCUGCGCUCCCCAUCUCCUCCGUCACCCCCGGCCCGCUGGUACAACGCCCGGCCCUCGCCCCCGACCUCCCCCAAAGGAGCCUCGGCCUCCAUCAGCAGCAUGAGCGAAGGUGAUGAAGAUGAGAAGUAGAUGGACUCGUGCGUCACCUACAGCACACUGCCUGGGAACACCUCAUAGAAAACACACAUUGCUGCAAACACCGACUGGAGACGGCGCUCCUCAGAGACGCUGCAGAUCUGCAGCGUCGACUGCAAUCAGGGGAAAUGUAGUUCUGACCUGCAGAGCCAAGAAGCCAUCGCGGUCUCUGUUGUGUGGGCGACCAAGCAGACGAUAAGGACAAGAAUGUGUCAGGAUGCGUUGGAUUGUCCACAACUAACAGAGACGCUGCUUAUAAUGUCACUGCAUCUGUAUGUCCCGUCUCAUUUCUGUUGACAAGUUUUCUUGUGUGGACAAAACCCCACUGGACGUGUGGGACAGAGAUCCCUGCAGCACGUUUAGAAUAGCGGAGGUCACAGUUAGUGCCGGUCUGCACCAUUUUAGCAUGAACGAUCAAGCGUGUGUUGAUGGACACUUUUAGGGAGACGAGACACACAAAUAAAAUCUACACUCUUAAAACACUAACAAAUGAACAUGUCUGACAUUCUUAGAAAACCAAGGUUACUAACUAGACCCCUUCACUGCGUAGCCAUCUUUAAGGGUACAUAAAACCUUCCUGAUAUGAAGUUAAAGCAUGACGAACACGUACGAGGGCCUUUUUAAACACUUCUCCGUGUUUUAUCAUUUUACCUAAACAUUGUAGGACUUUUUGAAACAUGAUGUCAGUUCUCAAAUAAAACUCUGAUGAUACUUGAAUUAAAUCUGGUGACUCAGCAGGUUGUUAAAAACUUGACUUUAGGC